AUGACGGUGCGCCGCACGGAGGAGUUGCAGGAGUGGAUCUGCAGCGUCACGGCCACGGCCAACGACCAUGGCGAGCACCUCUCGGUCAUGCUGCGCGACGGCCAGUUGCUGUGUCUGCUGGCCAACGGCGUGGACCCGGCGGCGAGUCUCAAGGUCAACAAGCUCAACACGGUCUUCCACUCCAAGGCCAACAUCCGCCUCUUCCUCGAGUGGUGCAAGAAGCAGGGCCUGAACGAGGGCGAGAUCUUCCAGCCGGACGACCUGCUCGACGCGGGCGCGGACUUCGGCGCCGUGCUCGAGACGCUCUCGAUUCUCUUCGACAGGUUCGGCACCAUCGGCUACACGGGCGAGUACGAGGAGGACCCCGUGUCUGACGCCGAGUCGCUCACGUCCACGGGCAGCUCGCAGGGCGCGUCCCCCGUCAAGAAGACCAACAGCAACAACAAGCUCUCCAACUUCAUGAAGGGCGGCUUCCUGUCCCGCAAGAAGAAGCAGUCCAGCAAGAAGCUGGCUGCGGAAAAGUCCCCCGAGGGCACACCGCCUUCCACGCCGCCGCCCGUGUCCCCGCAGGUGGGCGGCAGCUUCGUGUCUCCCCCGGGAUCGCCGCCCAUGUCGCCACGUCAGCCGCCCCCGCAGAGAAGCGACAGCGGCGGCGCCAGUGCCAACCGCCUCAACGCCUUCCUGAGUCAGGUGCCGGCGUCGCACCAGUCUCCGUUGACGCACGUAGAGCGUCCGUCAGGUCCGCCCAAGAAGAACUCGGUGCGCAAGCCGCCCCCGCCCAAGGCCAAGCCCGCGCCGACCGUGAGGAGGCCGCCGUCGCCCAAACAGCCGCCCAAGUCGCAGCCGACUAGCGGCGGCAACGCGCGCAACAAGUUCGCGGCCUUCAUGAAGUCCAAUCCGCCUGCUGUCGAGACAACACAUGCUCCGGCCAGCGCCUCUGGGGGUUCUAACCUCUCUGCCUUCAAGGCAUCGGUCUCUCCCACUUCGGGUAAUAAGCCGGUCGUGGCAGCGCCGUCCCCGCCAAAGUCUGCGCCUACGCGAGCCCGCGGCACCAGCGAGCAGUUCGCGCAGCGCAAGGCCGUCUUCGCCCAGAGUGGAACUAGCAGCCCCAAGCCGGCUCCUGUACCGCCGAAGCCGUCCGUUGACACGGGAUCAGCUAACAAGCUCAACAGCUUCAUGAAGCAGCAGCCAUUUGUGUCGCCCGAUGCGCCCAAGCCUCGCUCACAGAGCAAGUUGGCCGCGUUCCUGGCGUCUACAAACUCAAUCCCAUCGAUUGCAACGACACCCUCCGCUGCCCCAGCCAAACCGACGUUCGCUUCAUUUAACCCGUCCAAGAAUGCUCCUGCCGGUGGUCGUUCGGCUCCGAUGCCUGCUUACAGUGCGCCGACACCGGCAGCGUAUUCGACGCCGAAGCCUUUCAAGCCGCGUCACAUGAUCGAGCGCUCUACGGGCCGCGGCAACUACAUUCGCAAGCGUCAAACGUACUGGGUGCCUCCCAAGCGUCGUCGCAACAAUUUCAGUCUGGAGACCAAGCGGAAGGCAUUCAUGAACGAGCAAUUAGAGAUCAAGGAGGAGCAACUUCGACAACAGGCUGCCGGCGCUGGAAACAAGCAGAACCUGAUUGUACCGGGCGUGCAGUGCUACAUCCCCGACAAGGAGGAAGUGUGGUUGCUGUCCGAGAUUGUGGAUUUCAAUGAGCGAAGAAAGGAAGUGACUCUCACGGUGUUCCUGGAUUCUGGCGACUCGGAGCAGCGUGUGCUGAACCUGAAGGACCCUGAAGUCAUUCGCGCGAUUGGAGGUCCGACUGCGACCGAGGUGGAUUCUCUCCCUGUUGCCAUUCUUCACGACAACCCGGAGGGUGUGGAGGACAUGCGACUGCUUCGUUACUUGAACGAGCCGUCCAUUCUGUUCAAUCUGAAGCAGCGUUUCGCCGCCUCAAAGCCCUACACGUACACUAAUGAUAUCGUCAUUGCUGUUAACCCGUACAAGUGGAUUGAAAACCUUUACGGCGACCACCUGCACGAGCAGUACCUGCGGAAGCCGCGUGACUCGCUGUCGCCUCACGUUUACUCCACGUCGACGGCCGCCUACAAGCACAUGACUACCAACGAGAUGAACCAAAGUAUCUUGGUUAGUGGUGAGUCUGGUGCCGGUAAGACGGAGACGACGAAGAUCGUGAUGAACCACCUGGCUAGUGUGGCUGGUGGCCGCAAGGAUAAGACGAUUGCCAAGGUUAUCGAUGUAAACCCGCUUCUCGAGUCUUUCGGUAACGCCAAAACGACGCGCAAUGACAACAGUUCGCGUUUCGGUAAGUUCACGCAGCUUCAGUUUGAUGGCCGCGGAAAGCUGAUCGGUGCAAAAUGCGAGACGUACCUGCUGGAAAAGUCGCGUGUGGUGUCGAUUGCCGAGGGCGAGCGCAACUACCACAUUUUCUACCAGCUCCUGGCUGGUCUUCCCAGCAAGGAGCGCAAGGAAUUCGGUCUGGACCCUGAGUGCCAGUACCAAUACGCGGGUGCGCUUGCGGACAUGCAGAUUCCGGGCUUGGAUGACAGCAAGUGGUUUGAAGGCACUCAAAAGUCACUUACCAUCAUUGGUCUCGACUCAAGCGCGCAGAGGACCCUGUUCAAGAUCUUGUCUGGUGUGUUGCUACUUGGUGAAGUUAUGUUUGACAAGAGUGGGGAGAAUGGCUCGCGCAUUUCGAGCGGGUCUGCUCUAUCGCAAGUGGCGAAGAUGUUUGGCCUUCCUACGACGAGAAUCGAGGAAGCGUUGUGCAACCGCACAGUUAUCACUCGCAACGAUAGUGUGACGGUGCCGCUCGCUCCUAUUGAAGCGGCGGAGAACCGCGAUGCGUUGGCCAAGACCAUCUACUCGAAGAUGUUCGACUGGAUGGUGGUGAAGAUCAACGCUGCUAUCAGCACGGAUGAAAGUCGCAUCAAGGGCCAGAUUGGCGUGCUGGAUAUCUUCGGUUUUGAGGACUUCGUUCACAACGGCUUCGAGCAAUUCUGCAUCAACUACGCAAACGAAAAGCUGCAGCAGAAAUUCACCACGGAUGUGUUUAAGACUGUGGAGGACGAGUACAUCCGUGAAGGCCUGCAGUGGGACCACAUCCAGUACCAGGACAACCAAGGUAUCGUGGAGGUGAUCGAGGGUAAGCUGGGUAUCAUCGCCCUGAUGAAUGACCACCUUCGUCAGCCCCGUGACACGGAAGAGGCUCUGGUCAACAAGAUCCGCACGAACCACCAGACGAAGAAGGAUGGCAAGGUGAACGAGAGCAUCGACUUCCCCAAGGUGAAGCGUACGCAGUUCAUCAUCAACCACUACGCUGGAUCGGUCACAUACGAGACGGUGGGCUUCAUGGAGAAGCACCGCGAUACUCUGCAGAAGGACCUGCUUGACUUGAUCCAGUUAAGCAGUCUGUCUCUGCUCCCGGAGCUGUUCGUGGACAGUGAAGUGGUGACCGAGGGUGGCAGUGGUCGCGGUAAGAAGGCCCCGAAAAGCCUGGGUUCUCAGUUCAAGACGUCGCUGGCGCAGUUGAUGGAGAACAUCAGAACCACAAACACGCACUACGUGCGCUGCAUCAAGCCGAACUCGAACAAGAGCCCGACGGAGUUCAACAAGCGUAUGAUUGUGGAGCAGUUGCGAUCGGCAGGUGUGAUCGAAGCCAUUCGUAUCACGCGCUCUGGGUACCCGAGUCGUCUCACUCCGAAGGAGCUAGCCACGCGCUACGCUAUCAUGUUCCCGCCCUCGAUGCACAGCAAGGACGUUCGCCGCACGUGCAGCGUCUUCAUGUCGUCUAUCGGUCGCAAGUCUCCGCUUGAGUACCAGAUGGGUAAGACGCUCAUUUACUUCAAGAACGGUGUCAUGGAGGAGCUGGAGGCCAUGAAGUCCGACUUCAUGUACUACGAGGCGCGAACCAUCCAGCGCAUUGCGCUCGGUUUCCUAGAGCGCCGCCGCCUGCGCAACAAGAUCAAUGCGGCCAUCGUGCUGCAGUCUUACGCGCGCAUGUCCUUGGACAUGAAGGAGUAUCACUUCCAGCGCCGCGCCAUCAUCAAGAUUCAGCGCGGCUGGAGGAGGUACAAGGCCGUCCCCGUUGAGCCCGAGUACAACGACUCAGUGGCGGAGUACAACAACAACGGCGGCCAGUGGGUCGACGACCUCGAUGAUCUCGACGACUCGGACGCUGACGAGGGCUUCGGUGACGACCCGGCAUCGAUUCGUGCAGGUCGCGGCAGGUCGGUGGCGGACCGCAUGGAGUCGUUCAAGGUCGCGCACUCGGGUCGUCGCGGCAGCGUGAAGCGUCUGAACGAGCUGUCAGCUCGUGCCAAGAGCUUCAUGAAGCCGCGAAGCCACAGCGGCAGCACCUCGAGCUCGAGCGGCAUCUCGCUCGAGGACGAGAACUCGAUGCUCAAGAUUGAGAACCGUAACCUGAAAUAUGACCUGGAGCUCAUGCGCGAGCAAUGCAUCGAGCUGCAAGCCAUCAUCCUCGAGAUCAACAAGAGUCGGAAGAGGUAA